CUUGCUAUGAAAAUUUUUAAUUUCACGUGUUUUUCCGCGCGAAAGAUGAGCAAGAAAAAGCACGAUAGCUUUCAGUUGUGUGAAUUAUGUGGAAGACUGGUGUAUUCUCGUCAAUUACCUGAUCACAGGGCGGUAUGUGGAGCAGAUUCGUCCAGAGAAGAUCAUAAGUGCGCGUUCAUUCAAGAUGGUGUCCUGCACGCUCUCGUUGUGGAGAGGAACAACAAAAUGAUUUCAGGUUCGUCAGAUCGAAGUGAUCUAAGGUUAACAGUGAUGUUGUUUUUAAGUUUAACCCAAGUGUUUGCUCUGAAUCAAUCUUAGAAUUGUGUGGUUUCUGAAUUGAAAGUUUUUUAUCAGUUGGAACGGUCGUGGGUCCAAGGAGAAAAAUAGGGGUCGUGGGUUUUUCCUAAUUGAGAUUGGGUUGGGGUUAUUCUGACGGGUAUUCCCUCUUAAACAGAAUAGAUGAAUUUUAAGGGUCUUGGACAGGGUCUCUCUCCGGACUCAAGGCCUGGAAUGGGGUUAGAAUGUUGCCAGUGAGGACUCUUUAGAUGCAGUUCUGGCCAAAUUUGUUAAAAUUUUACAGUAAAUAUUCUUUGGUUCUUCCAAAUAUCUAUGAGACCAUUGUAAAACAACUUUAGAGUAGGAGAGAAGUGAUAACAAGGCCUGAUCUGUCACUGAUCAGUCAUCACCAGCCCCAGUCAUUCUUAAACCUCAGCAACCAGAAUGAGAGGAUUUUUACAUAGAGAAGACCUCCCAAAGCUAUUACUGGAUGCUUAGAAGGGGUUUAAGUUUAAUUUCUAUGGUUUAACUGUAAUUAUAUCAGAUAGUAAGCUGCCACUGCCAUCUCGAAAGAAUGUGAUUUUGCUGAACAGUAACACAAUGAGGGAGUGCAACCUGCCCAUUGGAAAAAGAGUUGUGUUGAGGUCAGACCAAAAAAACUUAGAGGUAAAUGUUUCAGAAAAAGGCUUAUAAUUUUUUACAUGGUUCAUUUUUAGUGUAUGAGCAUGAUAAUAAGAUCAUUGUAUAUUACAUUGGCAGAUUGUCUGUAUGGCAUGGCCUUCAUCAGGAGUCUCCCCAGAGUGUAGGUUGAUAACAUUUGAUUUUUUCAUCAAUGUUCCAAUGACUUAAUUUAUCAAGGGCAUAAAAUUAUUGCUGCUGGUAAUUACUGAUUAAUAGUAUUCUCCACCCAGGUGUGGCAUUAUCACAACUGUCUCUUGAGAAUCUGCAGGUAAUCUCUUUUAGUUUUGUUUCUUAUUAUGAAGAAAAGUUUGUAAUUUUAUUCAACAAGGCCCUAUUCACUAAGUUUUCCCGUUUUUUAGGUUUCAGGAGGUGAAUUUGUCAGCAUUAGAGCACUGAAAAAGUUGUGGUUACAUGCUGCAAGGGUAGAACUUGAGUUGUGGUAAAUGGUUGAUUCUUUUCCUUUUUCUGCUGUAGCAGUAAAUGCAUGACUUCUCGGAUUUUGCAAUCCAUCUUUAUGUGCACUCUGGUUACAAGAAUUAACCCUUUACACCCUAACAUCAGUAUGCAUAUUCUCCAUACUGUUCUUUAUACAUUUCUUAAGGUGCUGACAAGGAGAAUUUGUUUACCCAAUCAAAAGCUUCUUUCAUUGGUGAUCAUUUCCUUUAUUCUCAUGACCCUUUAUAUGUGAUAUAGGAGUGAUAUUGUUGGGAGAAAUUAGAUGCUAGUCACUCCUAGGGGUUAAAGGAUUACUAACAGCCCAGAGAGGGUAGAGACAUUUUCAGGCCAACUGAUGGAGAGCCUUGUUCCACAAUGUACUGUGCUUCAUAGAUAAAAUGCUGCUGAAUAAUCUAACAGUAUCUCACAGUACAAGAGUUGACAUGAAUUAUACAUUGCUGUUUGUAUGUGCAACUGGACAAAAUGCAUUAAGGGAGAUGGGGAUGACCCAAUUUGUUCUCAGUCAGUUAGUGGUAGCAGCUCCCUCACCAAUUAACAAGGCUUCCCGCCCAAAAAUAAAAGAUUUACUUACUUUUGUUUCAUUCUAGUGAUGCAGUGGAGUUUGAAGUGAACCAACUGUUUACUGAUUAUUGUCUUCAAGAUUUACGUAAGUACUAAUAGGUUUCUCUAACCUAUGUUGCUUCUUCAACAACCUAAACCAAUGAGAUUCUCUUCUGUUUGACAUACCAUUUAUAUUCCUGGAACCUGACUGCAUGUGACUGUUGAGAUACCAAAUAUGUUACAAUUGCAUGUGUAUGGCAAUGAAUAUUCAUGGAGGGGGGUAGGGAGACCAUAUUGUAAGAUGCCAAUUGGUUGAGUCAUGCUAGACUGUUACUCCCAAUCCUUACCCAACCCUACUGGGUACUAAAGGUUGUAUUUAUCUCUUGGGUGACUGUUUAUUAAACUUGUUCAAAACCAUUGCAGGGAAUCAAUAUGUCUGUCCUGGACACAAAUUAGAAGUCACAUUCUAUGGCAGAGCCCGGCAGCUAAUGGUUAUAGGAUUAACUGGAUCCUGUACACUUGAUACAAACUCAAUUUCUCCAGCUGAAUUUAAGCCCCAGCAAAUAUUUUCUAACACUUCGACUUCAAAGCUUACAGACCAACUGGAAAUGCUCAGCCUUAAUAGGGGAACAAGAAUGGAUGCAAAAGCUGCUAUGUCACGUGAUGUUGAAGAUUUGACAAUUCGGAGGAAUUUGACAUCUAAUUAUCAAAAAGAAAACCACACUGAGGACGAAUUAGUUGAUGUGGAAUCAAAAGAAAAAAGUGAAGGAUCUCUGCCACAGUCGUAUCAUGCAAAGGCGAAGAUAGAUCACGGAUAUGGAAACACUUUGCGGUCAGAUUUCCCACUGAACCAACUUGAUAGUCAGUCAUUAUUUUAUUAUAUUUCACCAGAAGAAACGCAUCUGACAAUUCACGCUCGCGGAACGCGUCAAAGUGAGCAUAGCGUGCUAAAAAAUAAAGUAACUUAUAAAUCUAUCGGAGGACUUCAUAAGCAAGUUGCGCUGGUGCGUGAAAUGAUCGAACUUCCUCUUAAACAUCCUGAAAUGUUUACAAAUUACGGUAAGUUGUUGUUAAAUAACAAGUGAGUUCCUUUAAAGGCAAAGGAAGGGGGAUUCUCUCUGAAUUAGGGUAACCAAUACUCUAUUAGAGUAAUUUUCAAUUUCUAUCGAAAGUAAUACGUGAUUGCUUAGGUUUUCCUACAAUUCGCUAUUUGAUUGGUUCAGAAAACUCCCACCACUCUCUUAACCAAUCAGAUGCAAAAACUACGACUUGGUCGUCCGCGUUUUCCCGCGCUUUUGGCAGUUUGGUUGUUUUUACUGUUGUCUUCAUAGACUCUCAAAGAUGUUUUCCUUUCUUCAGUUGGUCCCCCUGUGGAAGUCGUGGGAAUUGAUAAACAUUUACGGUCUAUGAAUUGUUUCUACAACAUUUCUUCAUUGUUCAGGUAUUCCACCCCCGCGCGGUGUCUUGCUCCACGGUCCGUCUGGAACAGGGAAAACCCUCAUUGCACAAGCAGUGGCCGCGGAGUCUGGUGCCCACUUUAUCUGCCUUAAUGGCCCGGAUGUUCUGAGUAGGUCUGUAAAGCGUUUAUACUUCAUUAAUAGCAUACCCCGCGACAUUAAAAAUUUUCACAAUUCUAACAUUACUCGCAUUGCGUAAAAGGCUGUUCAACACAGUUACCAUCUUCAUUUACAUCAUCAUCACGCAAAGGCAUUGCAUUCGACAUUCCUUUCGUAGUAGUGUGUGGGAAGUUUGUCACCAUGCACCUAGUUAAACGGCCUCGAGUCUUCUAUAGCUCAGUGGUAGCGCAUUCUAAGCAAAAAUCGUUCCUUUACUCCAAUUAUGCCGUGUCUUUCACUGAAUAACACCAUCUUUCAGUAACCUUUUUGUUCUCUCUUUUUUUCCCGCCAGAUAUUACGGUGAAACAGAGGCACGUUUGAGGGACAUAUUCCGCGAGGCUCGCGAGAGGGCUCCUACUAUCGUGUUCAUAGAUGAGCUGGAUGCUUUGUGUCCCAAAAGAGAUAAGGUACAAAAUGAGUUUGAGAAGAGAGUAGUGGCUACUCUGCUCACUCUGAUGGAUGGAGCAGACACAGCGGUGAGGAUUGAAAUGGUUAUUAUUUUGGUGAUGAUUGUUAUUAUAAUGAUAAUGACGAUGAAUGAGGAGGAGUUUUUCGACCCUGAGCCUAUCUAUGUCUCGGAAAUAAACACUUAAAAUCCAUCUAAACUGAACAAAAGACCUAUGCUCCCCAAGGCGAGUGAAGAAGUUUGACCUUACACGAGUUUAGUUGUUUACAAACUCAAAGAAUUAUGAUUAUUAAUCCGCUUGUCAGAGAAUAGAUAAAACUGAAACUCAAGUGAUUAUUUAUAGAAUUUUUCAUCGAGUCACGUGAUCUUUUUGGCGGCCACUAACCGUCCAGACGCCAUAGACCCAGCCCUUCGCCGACCGGGUAGACUGGAUCGAGAAAUUGAGAUUGGAAUACCAAAUGCUAACGACCGUGAAGAUAUUCUGCGGACUCUUCUGCUCAAUGUGCCACAUGGCUGCACGGAAGAUGAUUUGAGAAGGUAUGUAAACAAGAACGACGCAGAGAAGUUGAUCGUAUCGAGCUGAAAAAUCAAAUCGAAAAGAGAAGGGAGAAAGUCGAGGAAAAGGUUGUGCUGACGAAGCUGCCUUUUGAGUGACUGAAAAGUCGAGUGUCAGCCCUUCGUUAGAGCCCUGCCGUGACAAGGGGCUAACGCUCGAGAGAUCAGCUUGUGAAACUCUUUAUGUUGGCCUCUUAACCCUUUAACUCCCGGAUCAAAUUUGUCAUUCUCCUUACUGUCAACCAUACAAUUCUUAUAAUGUUAGGUCAAAGAAUUCAGUAUUUGAUCAACUAAUUAUCCCCAAAUUGAUAUUUUUCUUCAUUCUCAUCACUUGUCUGGUUGAUACUGUGAUGAUAUUGUAAGGAGAAACUCUGUCUUGGUCACUCAUGGGAGUUAAAGGGUUAAUAUUAUCAACUCGGUUGAUCAAACCAAAUUAUCACGUCACAACCUCACCGACGCAGCACCUCAGUUUCUGUAGAAACUUACCCUCUUUUUUCAUUCUUUUUGAAGUUUCGCAGAGUUGGCUCAUGGCUAUGUAGGAGCAGAUCUUACCGCUGUGUGUAAAGAAGCAGGGUUCAUGUCAUUCAAACGUUGUUUAGCGGAACAAAACGGACUUUCCACCGAUGACGUCGGGGUCCAGGAGGAAUACUUAAAAGAGCGCCUUUUGGUCACCAGAGAGGACAUCAUGGCGGCGUUCCGACAGGUCCGCCCCAGUGCUAUGCGCGAAGUGUCUAUUGAUGUACCUAAGGUGGGAAUCGUGUUCAAUGGUAUUUCUGUUUGACCUUGGAGAAUGAUGGUUUGCCGGCUUAAAAGGCCGGUUUGUGGAAUAGGCUUUUUAAAUACCGACGGUCCUCGGUUUAUUUUUGCAAAACCAUGAAUACUGAACGCUUGUGAGCAAACUGCAAUUCAGAGAAUCGAUAGGGUCAAUAUUUUUGCAGCGCAGGAGAAAACUUGUAAUUUUCCUUCGUUUAAGGGAAUUUUUAAUUUGGUUUCUAAAGUGAUAUAGACUUGCGUUGGCUCUGCUCUGCUUCGCUCUAUAAUUGAUCCAGAAAAUAAGCGUCACCAUCAGACGCAGAACGAACACCAACCGCGUCUUGGUUACUCGCGUUUUCCCGGGUUUCGCACAAUUUGCUUGUUUUUUUUGUUGUUGUUGGAAUUACCAUCGGCUCCUCGCUUUACUUUCCUUUUACCUUCAAUGGCCGUUGUAAAUACUUUGAUGUUGGUUUCACGGCACUCAAUCGAAAUUCACAGAAAAAUUUAUUUAUCCAAGAGUACACUACCUUUCUAGAAGACAAUACGUGAAUUUGUCGAUACCAAAAAUGCCCUGCUCUAUUUUAUUCCCGAGCUCAAAAUUUACCAUCUUUCUUAUUCUCUGAUUUGUGUAGGUUCGUUGGGAGGAUAUCGGGGGAAAUGCAGUCAUCAAACAGAAGCUAAAACAAGCUGUGGAAUGGCCACUAAAACAUCCAGAGGUGAUUAACAAUAACUUUGAAUUUAUAAGAAAGAGAAAUAAACCAAGAGACAUACUGGUGGAAGUGAUUCCUACGAGCCAUGCCAGUCUUCGUAUGAGUUGCAAUUUAUCUAUAAAAUUGUGGCUUAUAUUUUACUGGUACUGAAUCUCCCGUGACCGUUUUGUACAAACCACGAUGAAGCUAUUCCAUGAUUAGCGUGAUAUUUUUCUCUUAAAUGAAUAAAGGGGGUAACUUUCUAAAGAAACUGUGGUGCUACGUCGGUGAGAAAGUAUAACAAGGUAAUUUUGUGUUAAUUGGGUGUUAUCAACACUGCGAUAAAAUCCCACAAAACCUUAGCCUCUAUAUACGUUAUAAAACUUAAGGAAUGAAAACCAAUUUUAACGCCAGUCAAGGUUAACUUCGAUCUUGGCCCUGACUUUUCUGACGGACAAUCUCUUUUAAUUGGUUCCCCAAAAGGCGUUUCAACGAUUGGGUAUUCGCCCCCCCAAGGGGAUUCUGAUGUACGGUCCCCCGGGAUGCAGCAAGACGCUUGUGGCGAGAGCACUGGCCACAGAAAGUGGGCUCAACUUCUUGGCAGUGAAAGGGCCUGAACUGUUCAGUAAGUGGGUUGGAGAAUCUGAGAAAGCAGUGAGACAGGUCAGUGGUGAACAGUCCAGCGAGAUGCCCCGCGGGUGAUAAUGCGUCAAAUUCCUCAAGUGUAACUACUUGUCAUCUGGCAAGUAUCUUCGCUUUCUCCUCAGCGAGUUACUAGUAUGUUAAUCCCUAAUAUUCCAUGUGAAAUUAGACAAAUACUGGUGCCUUCUACCUUCUUGACUUUGCCACCGAACCCGGAAAUUUAUCCUCUUACUCUUUCAUUCGAAAAUUAGUUCUAAGGCAUUCUGUCUUAACGUCAAUCGCCAUGUUAUAACAUCAUAUUCAAUAACUUGCUAUAGAGUAAGAAAGAGAGUACAUUUUGUGCUCGAUAAUGAAAAGAAGAAAGUUUUUUUUUUUCGAAAAACUUCUUGCUCUAAAACUUACCAUCACUUUUCCAGGUUUUCCAAAAAGCACGUGCUGCCGCACCAUCCAUCGUUUUCUUCGACGAAAUCGACGCCCUCGCGGCGCGCCGUGGGAGCGGUGGAGAUGACGGUGGGUCAAGUGUAUCCGACCGCGUUCUCACUCAACUCUUGACUGAGCUGGAUGGCGUGGAAACACUUAAAGACGUUGUCAUGGUUGCGGCCACGAACCGUCCUGAUAUGAUUGACAAGGCACUGCUCCGCCCUGGAAGAAUUGAUCGGAUUGUGUAUGUGCCACUUCCGGACAAAAACGCGAGGGAGGAGAUCUUUAAAAUCCACCUCAAUGAUACUCCCCUGGGAGAUGACGUCGUAAUGGGAGAUCUUGCUGAAAAGACCGAGAUGUUCUCGGGAGCUGAAAUAACAGCGUUGUGCCGUGAGGCCGCUCUGAUGGCCCUUCAAGAGGACAUUGAGUCCAAUGAAGUGCUUAGGAGACAUUUCGAUGAAGCUUUUAGGGCGGUGAAGCCAAGAACUUCUAGGGAGUUGAUAGAAAUGUACAGAAAAUACCAGAAUGAAAGUGGUGUACAUUCUAUUUAGUAGGCCAAGAUUUUGACAUGUCUUCUGAACGUAAAAUGCCAAUUUAGACCUCUGGAAGGCUGUCUUGAAAACAAUAAAUCAGCAGUUGUUCAA